AUGAUCUUGUCCUUGGUGACAAUGGGCCUUUCUACCCCUUUGGUCUUCAGGUCGGACAGUGAUGGACCCCCGAUAAAUGCCACAUUUAUACAAUGUACUGAAGGAACUGCGGACCCGAUCUGUCAACUCCUACGCCGGCCUGACCCGGACAUCGUCACGGAGAUUACGCACCCUAAUGGGGCUAUCGAGGUCAAACGCAAUUUGUAUACCCGUGAGCAACUGCAGGCCGUCCGAAAACAGAACAAUGUGACCAGCGUCGAAUAUAAGCCUGGUGAUGCGGCCCGCAACCAAUCCACCGAAUUCAUUAGCAGCCUGACCAAGCGGGAGCCAGCGCCGCCGACUUGCUAG